GUAUAAGAAACUUCCUCUCUGAUCGACACGUAGCGGAUCGUGGUGUAUUGUUUUCUGCUGUUGUGACCCGAACAAAUAACACAAAAUGUCUGUAAAUCUGUUCACCGUGAUCAAUAAAUUUUAUGAUGAGUACACGACGAGAACACCACAGAAGCUGAAAAUAAUUGAUGCAUACCUCACCUACAUCCUCUUGACUGGAAUUGUGCAGUUCGUCUACUGUGCUCUUGUUGGCACUUUCCCAUUCAACUCCUUCCUCUCGGGGUUCAUCUCCAGCGUAGGGUCCUUCGUGCUCGCCGUUUGUCUCAGAUUGCAAGUCAACCCAGCAAAUAAAUCCAGUUUUCAGGGAAUUUCGUCAGAGCGUGCCUUUGCAGACUUUAUCUUCGCCAGUGUGAUUCUUCAUCUAGUAGUCAUGAACUUUAUCGGUUAGAACCUUCAUAGCGACAAUCUUCAGAGAUUAUUUAGAGGACUACUUUGUUUCAUUGUUACUCUGCAGGUAGAAAUUACAGAGACUUCAUGGAUCAUCUUUCUGGAAGCACUUCUCAUCUUCUGUUCUCAUCAGAUGACAUCUUUACAGAUUCUCAAAGAUUACAUUCCUCUCCACAAGAUAUAAUACAAUUGUCCUAAAAAUCCGAAAUAAGAACUAGAAGAAGAAGUAGUACUUACAUGGAAUGUCAUACAUGUACUGCAGAGAUCCCCAAACUCGCCUUAAAAUGGAAUGAGAUUGGUUAUGUCAUGGUAAAUAAUUUUUCAAUUUGGAAACUUGCUCUUCAAAUUGACAGGUAUCUCAUACAUCUGGAGGCAGUGUUGGACUCCAUACAAAACUAUUUGAGCAUUGUGCUGUCUCAACACUGUUAAAUACCUUUUACAUUUGUUUUUCUUUUCUUUCUUGAGGGUCACAAUGAGAACAUUUCUAAUCAAAUUUUGUUAUUGUAGUUAUUGUAUUUCUCACUUCAAACUUAGAGUAUUAUAAAGAAAAGUUCUAGGCGUUCAUGUUCUCCUGCAAAAUGAUUUGUUCUGCAUUAUGAAUGCUUUUCAUGUUGGGAUAUGACUGUGUUAGUAAAGCUAAAUGUAGCAAGUUAUGAAUUAACAAUUGCCCUUUUGUUUUGUGGUAUUAAUUGAUUUUAGUCUUUUGCAUAUUGUAAUAUGUAUGUUCUUGGUUCCAAAAUUAUCAUGGAUUUAUAAAAUAGUAAAAACAAAAACAUUUGCCCCUA